GCCUGUUCUAAGCCGCCGCCGUUAGUGUUUGACGGCGUAGGUCAUUGAGAGACGUCACUGCACAAGCAAUUGAUUUUAUUUUUAAUGUAAAAAAAAGUUAAAAUUUAGUGAUAUAAAUUUAUUAAAAAGUUGAGCAAAUAACAAAUAACUUUAGACAAAAAACAAAUAAUUGAUUUAUAAAGAAACUAAAACACAAGAAGAAAAAAACAUGGCUGAUAAACCACCAACAACAGCAAUGCCAGCAGCCAGUGAACCAUUUCCAGGUUCCCGCACACCCGGCUGGAAUGAUCCACCCACAUUGGCCUAUAAUCCGCUGUCGGCCUCCUCGGGCGGUGGCCCUGGACGGCCACGUAUUAAUCUCAAUAAAAGAGUAGCUUAUCCUUUGCAAGGUACCGUUACGCCCACGGCUAGCUUAACAAAACCCACAGCGGUGGUGCUACCAAAUCAAGCUAGUGCUGGUCUGCCACCACCACCACCACCCACAACGGCAUCUAUAAUGCAACCCGUGGCUGUAGUACAUCCCAUGCCACACAAUGCUAGUGAACAGGAAAAUAUAACUCUACCCACAGAUGCUGUCAGCAGCAGCUUUCGUUGCCUAAGGGAGCGAGUUCCUUUGGUGCAAGAAUCCAUAAAUGUACGCCGUGAGGAGAUUGAAAGGCGCUUGGGUGUUAUAGAACAACUUUGGCAAACGGGUAAUUUGAGUGCGGCAGUGCAACAAAAAAUCUAUCGUUUAAGUCAGGCCGUUUCAAGACGUUCUUACAAUGAGGCCAUGGAAAUCUAUACAUCGCUAGUAGCAAAUCAUGCCAAUGAAUGUACUUCCUGGGCUGUAACACUACGACAUAUUGUCUUGACAAUACCGAAUAAUAAUUCGGCAUCCGCUAGCGGCCAUGAGUUCAUGAUCAAUGCCGCUAAUAGCACGCCUCUGCCGGCUGUUAAUCAUGCUACAGGAAGCUCAAAUUUAGUUACUGCUGUACCCACCAUGACUGUUACCGCUAUGCCACGUUCCUCAACGGAAGAAAACCCUUUAUCCUCCUCCGCCAACUCGACUUCAGCUCCCGCCAUCUCUAGAGUUCAGCAUAUAUGAUAAACAUUUUAAAAACUAUCCCAAACACAGUAAUAUUUUAGCAAUAAAAACACACUUUCCAAGCCAAUUUGAAAUUUUAACAUUUUGAACACGCAUUUAAAAGUUUUAAACUUUUGUUCCUCUUAAUUUGUGGCUAUUUUAAAUCAACCCCCUCCAUUUUUUCAUUAAUAAAUCUUUUUCUCAAAAUAUUUCUCUUUAAAAAGGAAAUACAUAAUAAAAAAACAGAAUUUUACUAAAAUAAUUUCUGCUUUUAACAUAAACAAAUUAUUAAAGGUUCAUAACAAACCUUUGUAAAUUUUAGACUAUUAUUGCUCAUUUGCAACUAUUCCCCGCCCGGCUCUUCCUAAGUUUUAUUUUCUUUAUGUAUCAUAGUAUUUUUUAGCUCUUUUUUUAUUCAUAUUUUUAGCAAUUCUUGCAAUAUAGUUUUUCUUUUUUUGCUAUUUACUUUUACCAACUCUCAACUUUAGUUUUUAAUUUAUUGAAUUUGUGUCUUUUUUUAGGUAAAAAAAGGCUAAACAAAAAAAAAAAUAUCUAAAAAUCUUAGUUAAGCUUGAAUUCCAACAAAUAAAAUCUAACAAAAAUUACUUAAGAAUUAUUAAUUUUUCAUUUCAACUGAAAAAUCUACUUUUUAAUUGUCUAACAAGAAAAAAAUAAGAUGCAAAACAAACAAAAAGUUUGAAAGAAAAUAAUAAUAAAAAAAGAUGUGAAAAAUUAAAAGAGCGAAUGUUUUAAUAAAUUUUUUAGUUUUAAGAAAAUAUGUUGCAUUUUUAAAUAAAAAUGUUACUUUGAAAACU